AUGGCCUCGCCUUCACUCUCACACCUGCACCUGGGUUGGUUGGAUGUGUGCAACGGAUACCGCUUCGUCGGGUCCUGUCCCUGUGGAGGGAAAACGUUCAAAUGCCCGCCAUGCGGCCAGCGGGAAGGAUUCGCUUCUGACGUCUGACACCUUCUCUCUUGCUUCCACUGUCUGGACUUCGUUUGCAAAUAAUGUGACCUUCGAUCUGCACAUUCGCGGGACGAGGGCAGACCAAGCUAGGCUUUUGACGUACUGCGAUCGCGACUCGGCGCCUUCUGGCUGAACACGCGCACGACGUUCUGGAUUUCCAGCCAUUGGUUUUGCUACUUUUCGAACGGAUACAUUCACGAGAGAAUCAUGUUAGACGAGAAGCCUCACAAGAGAGUCGGCUUCAAUGCCAAGCGUUGGUCGCGGAAAGUGUAUUGGGCCCUCCUGGGACUGCUCGUGCUGGAGUUCUCCUUAAUCGUACCAUUCCUCACAUUGGUCGGCAUAUCCGAUCCAAACACCUACAGGACAAAGCUGUGGGAAGAUGGCUACUUGAACGGCUUCAACAGCAGCCCGGAUACUCCGCUCUAUGCGGCUGCAAAUCAUGUCCAAGCAACCAUUCCUCUUAUCUGGAGUCAAAAGUUGACCACAUUCGAUCUCGUCAUCUCUAUCCUGGCAACCUUCGUAUUGAUCACAAAGUUUAUUUUGUUGCCUCUGCACAUCAUGUACCCCGUCAUUAGCUUGGUGGUCUACGGCCUCGAGACUGGCCUGUUUUCGUACAGCAUCUACGGCCAAACGUCGCAUGAUACAAUCGACCCGAAUCAUGAAAACAAUGGCCUGCCGUGGUACAUCGCUAAGAGCUGCAGUGUUGCGGCCAAACCAAGUAACGUUCAUUAUUGUCAGCAAGCGAAGGCGACCUUCUAUAUCACUGUUUUCUUGCUAGCGUUAUACGCCUCGAUUUUUCUCCUUUCCAUCCACGCAAUCUUUUUUCCCCCGGCUCCGGGUAACACUGACGAUGACACCGGGUUCAUGGCGAAGCACUUCCCCAGUCUUGGAGAGGCAGAAACCACGUACGAGAUACCGCAAACACCAAUGCCGUACACCCCGCGCACCCCCUGGGGUCAUGAGAUGGAUCGGAUACCUCCGACACCAGGUACGGCAGGCGGUCUUUACGCACCGCAUGCUGGAUAUGCGACUCCCGAGGCAGCAAAAGAGCGCGAGAGGGGCAUCAGCCAGUACGGCAUGGCUCCCGUCGGACAGGCCGUCACGACGAAUCUGCCACCCGUGACACCGAGGACGAAGGCUUUUCAAGCUCUGGAAGGUGGCUCGAACGCGCCGUCCAUGCCAUCCAGUAUCAAGGCGGAGUGGGGAAAGAGGGAACCGGGCAAUCUGCCCUGGUCUGGGAGGAACAGCGGUGGUAGAAACAGUGGAGGGCGACCCAGCAGUUACAACAAGAACUGAACGGCUGCAAGCUCACCCUCACCGAAAAGGAUUUUUUCGCUUUAUUUUUGCCCCGAAAAGGUCGAUGACUUUUCCUGUCUAAGGUUCUUCCUACUGAUUGACUUGGGGGUCGUGUAUGUGCAUAUCCUUCUUUUGUAAUAUUUUUUUUUCAGGCAUGCAAUUCUCUGCCUCGAUACCCUCACGCUAUAUCCAUUCCCCCCUCGGUCAAGAGACUACGAAAAGGGCAGGAGACUGUACUUUCAUGGUACACAAAUAUGAAUGAAGAACAUACUGAAAAGCAAUCAAAGCAAAUACUCCUCGGUUCGUGUUUGACUUUUGCUUUUAUUCCUAUUAUAUAUAUACAUAUAUAUACUUUCCCC